AUGGCUGGCAAGGACGUCUUUCAGGCCAAGGCCAAAGAUACCGUGGCUCACCAGUUGUCAUCGGUGCUGCCCUCCGAUGGAAAGCCAUGGUAUAAGCAAAGCCAUCUUAUUAGGCUCAACUACACAAUUCUGUCUCUGGUCCUCCUUUCCUCCGCCGUCGGCUAUGACGGAUCCCUGAUGAACGGUCUUCAAGCCCUACCGAAGUGGAAUCAGUUCAUGGGCAUGCCUCAAGGUGCUUGGCUCGGAUUCAUCAAUGCAAUCUACUGGUUUUGCAACGGUGUCUCCUUCUUCAUCGCGGCCUGGACAUCGAAUACAUAUGGUCGCAAGUCGGGUAUCUACGCCGGUCAUGUCUUCCUCAUCUCCGGCGUCAUCCUCCAGACGGCAGCUUAUAAUCAAGCAUCUUUCAUUGCCGCCCGCGCUUUGCUCGGUACUGCUGCCGGCUGGUAUGUCAGCGGCGCGCCGAUGCUCAUCAACGAAAUUGCGUUCCCGACCCAUCGAGCCAUCGCCGCUUCUUGCUUCCAGUGCGGUUUCUAUCUAGGCAGCUUAGUCGCUGCCUGGGUCACCUUCGCGACCAGAAACUAUGGCACCUCCUGGGAUUGGCGACUUCCAUCCCUUUUGCAGAUCUUGCUCCCGGCAAUCGCCAUCCCAGGUACCUUGAUGGCACCCGAGUCACCUCGGUGGCUCGCCUCCAUGGACCGCGUCGAAGAGACGAGGCAAUUUGUCAUCAAGUACCACGCAGGCGGAGACGAAAACUUGCCCCUCGUGAAUUUCGAAACCGAGGAGAUCGCCAACACCAUUAAGGCAGAGCAGGAAGCCCAUGCCAGCUCCAGCUAUGCGGACAUGUUCAAGACGAAGGGCCUGAGGUGGCGACUUGGAGUCUCCAUCUCCCUGGGUAUCUUCAGCCAAUGGAGCGGUAACGGAGUCGUCUCGUACUACCUUGCACUGGUUCUACAGACUGUCGGCAUUACCAGUGUCACGCUUCAGACGCUUAUUUCUGCCCUUCUUCAAGUCUGGAAUCUGAUCUGGGCUAUCGCUGCUGCGAUCUCUGUCGAGAAACUGGGACGACGAUUGUUGUUCGUCAGCUCUGCGGCAAUCAUGUUAGUCAGCUACAUCGUCAUCACUGGCCUUUCAGGUUCCUUUGCCAACACCGGAAACGCCGCCGUUGGUACUGCCGUUAUCCCAUUCCUCUUCAUUUUCUUCAUGGGCUACGACAUUGCUCUCACCCCUCUCAUCAUCUCAUACCCGAUCGAGAUUUGGCCAUAUCGACUCCGGUCUAGGGGCUUCACCGUCACGUAUCUCGCCGGUAUCUUUGGAGGCCUCUUCAACAUGUUUGUCAACCCGGUCGCGCUGCAGAGUAUUGGCUGGAAGUACUACUUCGUCUACGUCGUCUUCCUCGUUGCGUUCCUCGUCAUUUCCUACUUGUUCUACCCGGAGACCCGUGGCCACACUCUAGAGCAGAUCGCUCUUAUCUUUGACGGCGAAGAGGCCGAGCUGCUGCCAGAAGAGACCAAAACUGAGGUUCUGGUGGAAGAGAAGAGUAUCUGA